AUGACACCCCCGGAAGAUAAGGUGGGGCCUGGACGGGUUCGUACAGCGAGUGCAGCAAUCAGCUCCUAUUUCCGCCUAGCCGGCAGAGCGCCCCCUACAGAGCACCCUGCCUGCAGCAUCGUCCGCGACCUCGCCGAAAAGCAACUCCAAGGCCGUAAGCUGGAACGCGACGCCCUGGAGCCGGCGGACGUCACGGUGCUGGCCCGGCUGGUUGGUGGGCCGGAGCCGCCCCUCGACCUGCUGAUGACCGUUACAGCCAUCGUGGUCAUGUUCGCGGGGUUCUUUCGGUUCGACGACGCUGCGGAGAUCAGCGUUCACGAGGACCUUCUGGUUAUCACGGCAACUGGCAUGGAUGUUUUCAUCCCUCGUUCCAAGACCGAUCAGCAGAGACGGGGUCACUGGGUCCCCAUCGCCCGCGUCGGCGGUGCCGUGUGCCCCGUGGGCCUGACGGAGCGCCUUCUCACCCUGGGAGGGUACAAACGCCGCCCAGACACGCCGGACGAGGACGUCGGGCCCCUUCUGCGGCCCGUCCAGUGGAAAGGGCCGGGGGGUACUUGUCAGGUCCUCUGA